AUGGCUAGUAGCAAUGGAAAAGUUGAGGUAGAAGUUGAAGUAAAGUCUAAUGCGGAGAAGUUUUGGAGUACUCUUAAGGACUCUGCAACUAUAUUCCCAAGAGCUUUCCCAUAUGAUUACAAAAGCAUUGAAAUUCUCGAAGGUGAUGGGAAGACUGCCGGUUCUAUCCGACUAGUCACUUUUGGUGAAGGGUCACCACUUGUGAAGAUAACCAAAGAGAAGAUUGAUGUUUUUGAUGAUUCAAAGAGAACACUAACCUAUAGUGUGAUUGAUGGGGACCUUCUAAAGUACUUUAAAAAAUUUAAGGGACACAUUAGUGUGACACCUAAGGGUGAUGGAAGUUUGGUGAAAUGGUCCUCUGAGUUUGAAAAAGGUAGCCAUGAGGUUCCUGAGCCAGAACUCAUCAAGGAAUUUGCUGUUAAGACCUUUCUUAAGGUUGAUGAUUAUACCUUAAAUGCAUAAAAGUAUGAAGAAAAUUAGUAUUUUAGUGCUUGAAUUAUGAAAUAAUGAGGUGAUGUGUAUUGUUCCAUUUCCCUUUUAUUUUAUUUUGGAUGGUAAUGAUUCAAGAAAAAUAGGGAUGGUCCUAUGUAUUUGGUUGU